UCUGGGUAAACUGUCUCAAAAGAAAAGUUUGAAGAGCGCAUGCGUGCGGCCUUUCUUUCCUUUUUCCUCGUUGGACCUGUGGAAGCAAGAUGGGUCACCAGCAGCUCUACUGGAGUCACCCCCGAAAAUUCGGCCAGGGAUCUCGCUCUUGCCGUGUGUGCUCUAACCGCCACGGUCUGAUCCGGAAGUACGGGCUCAACAUGUGCCGGCAGUGUUUCCGCCAGUAUGCGAAGGACAUCGGAUUCAUUAAGUUGGACUAAUCGAUCUUUGAAUGGAUUAUUCAAGACAUCAAGCCCAAUGAAAGACCAUAUUUGUACAUAAAAUAAAAACUAAGGAAACCUUCAACUUA